GCGAGGCGGCGGUUGCGGGCGGGGCGCGCGGCUUCUCCGCCGCCUGGACCGCGGUGCUGGCCGCGCUCAUGGCGCUGCUUAUCGUGGCCACGGUGCUCGGCAACGCGCUGGUCAUGCUCGCCUUCGUGGCCGACUCGAGCCUCCGCACCCAGAACAACUUCUUUCUGCUCAACCUCGCCAUCUCCGACUUCCUCGUGGGUGCCUUCUGCAUCCCACUGUAUGUGCCCUACGUGCUGACUGGCCGCUGGCCCUUCAGCCGGGGCCUCUGCAAGCUGUGGCUGGUGGCCGACUACCUGCUCUGCACCUCGUCCGUCUUCAACAUCGUGCUCAUCAGCUACGACCGCUUCCUGUCAGUCACGCGCGCUGUCUCCUACCGGGCCCAGCAGGGUGACACGCGGCGGGCGGUGCAGAAGAUGGUGCUGGUGUGGGUGCUGGCCUUCCUCCUGUACGGGCCGGCCAUCCUGAGCUGGGAGUACCUGUCCGGCGGCAGCUCCAUCCCGGAGGGCCACUGCUACGCCGAGUUCUUCUACAACUGGUACUUCCUCAUCACGGCCUCCACGCUCGAGUUCUUCACGCCCUUCCUCAGCGUCACCUUCUUCAACCUCAGCAUCUACCUGAACAUCCAGAGGCGCACGCGCGUCCGGCUGGACGGGGCGCGCGACCCGACCCGGCCUGGCCCCCCGGCGGCGUCCGUCCCCGCGGCCCAGAGCUGCCUCGGGAAAGACAAAGAACCGUCGUCGGCAGCGGCGGGCGCCAGCGGCACAGCCAGAGCCCCGGCCGCCCCUCCGCCCGCCCCUCCGCCCGGCCCUCCGCCCGGCCCUCCGCCCGGCCCUGCUAAAUGGCUACAAAUUGGAGGAUAA